AUGCAAGUAGGCCUGCCAAAGCUACUUGAUGUCUCUUGGCCUCGGCAACAGUCGGGCCAGGAAUUCGUCUGCCAAUCGUACAAGCUGAUGAAAAGGCUGCGGAGAAACGGAAACCACGUCAAUAUCCUCUGGGUCCCUACCAGCGCGGACAAUAAACUGCUAGGUCUGGCCAAAGAGCAAGCCAGGACCGCGACCCAGAAGGAUGCCGCCCUACAAAAAUCUGGCCCCAGGAUGAAGUCGACAACACUGAAGAUCGCUCGGUCUCAAGCAGCUCCCAGCAAUGACUUACCGGGGAACGUAGGAAGACACGUGAAACGAGUAGAUGCAGCACUGCCAGGGAAACACACUCGACAGCUGUAUGAUCCAUUAUCGUGGAAAGAAGCGAGCGUGCUGGCCCAACUCCGGACUGGCAUGGCCAGACUCAAAAGCUAUCUCUGUCGGAUCAACGUGGCAGACACGAAUCAGUGUGCAUGUGGACAAGCGAGUGAGACCGUGGAACACUUCCUCUUCCGAUGUCGGAAGUGGACCACACAUCGGACGGAAAUGCUGCAAUGUACCCACACUCACCGCGGUAACAUAUCAUUUUUCCUAGGCGGAAAAUCGCCUUUGGAUGACACGAAUUGGACGCCGAAUUUGGACGCAAUGCGAGCCUCGAUACGAUUUGCAAUCGCCACGGGCCGACUCGAUGUCGCCUAA